UUUUCGUCAAUAUGUCAGCACUAAAUGUGCUGCUCGUGUUCCUAUGGACUGCAAGACUGGCCGCGGGAUUCGGUCCGUUUCUGGACCCCGUUCCACACUCCAGUACCGACGACGAUCUUCUUCUACCAGACGUGCUACCAACCGGACCCAGCCUCGACCAAUCAGAUCCCGUGUUUCUCGAAGUCCCCGCCCCCGCAUAUGUGCGUCGCAACAAGCCGGCGACCUUGACCUGUCGCGCGGCGCACGCGCUACACCUCUUCUUCCGGUGCAAUGGCUACCUAAUGGCGGACGAUGAGCAUUCAAGAGCGGACUAUGUGGACCCGGAGACUGCCAUUAGGCAGCUGGAGCUGAAGCUGGCAGUGACUCGGGGAGCUGUGGAGAGCUACUUUGGGGAGUACAGGUGCAAUUGUACGGCGGUCAGCAGCCGAGGCAGGAAGACCAGCCCGACGGUCAAGGUCACAGUGGCAUACCUGAAGAAGUCGUUCGCCACAGCACCACUGCCCGACUCUGUUCAAGUUGACCAGACUGUGGAACUGCGCUGUAAGCCACCUUCCGGGGAACCAACUCCUUCAAUCAGCUGGACCAAGAACGGCGUCACCAUCGACCCCAAGCAGGACCCCAACUACAUCAUCUCCAAGGAGGGCAACCUCCUCAUCGUGGCCGCCAAGCUCUCCGACAUGGCCAACUACAGCUGUGUGGCAGAGAACGUGGCCAACCGGCGCGUCAGUCCGCCAGCACGGCUCACUGUUUUCGUGGAUGGCGGUUGGUCCAGCUGGGGCGUCUGGUCCAGCUGUGAGCCCGCCUGCGGGCCCGGCCGACGCCAGAGAGUCCGUACCUGUGACUCGCCCCGACCCCUGAACGGAGGAAGAUCGUGCCGAGGCCCGCAGCAGCAGACUGCCGAGUGUAGCUCACACUGUCCGCCGGUGGACGGCGGCUGGUCUCCGUACGGUGAUUGGUCGGCCUGUGACAUCACCUGCCGUCAGAGCCGGCAGCGGACCUGCUCCUCCCCCUCCCCGGCCCAGGGGGGCAGGCCUUGCUCCGGGGCAGACAGGGAACAUCGCAACUGCUCUGCUGUCGACUGUCAAAACGCCUUAGCUGUGCUUCGACAUAACUCGGCUUCAGACCAAGCGGCCCGUGCAGUGGCCAGGUCGGACGUGGCGCUGUACGUGGGUCUGGCCGUGGCUCUGGUAGUCUUCCCACUGAUAGCUCUGCUCGCUCUGAAGCUGUACAGAAGGAAGGGAAGGGGACAGAGCAUGUACGGCCUGACGGAGAGAGAUUACGAGUCCAAGUAUUACGACCACAACAAGAAGCCUCUCAGCUAUACGCCUGACCUGACGGCGACCGUGACCUCUGGGCUGGGGUCAACGCCCCCGAGCCGGGUCACCGACUACGGCUACAACCGGCUGGACGCUGGCUAUCGGAGAACUGGACUGCUGGGCCGCUCCGAACCCCUCUACGACGAGCCGCUGCUGCCGCCGCCUGGCGGGUCGGUCGGAGCCACCUCUAAAGCGGCUCCCGACGCGCCCUCUAUCGGCUCCCGGAGCUCCCAGCGCUCCGCUGGCUCCUCCGGCUCCGCCGGCUCCCGCAGCACGCCCCAUCACAGCUCGUCGUCCUACUGUAGCUCACCGACAUCUCGCCCGAAUUCUCUGUACGACGCGGAGCCGUCCUCGUGUCGCCAGUCGCUGCUCUCAUCGCCACUGCCAUCUAGUGUCAACCCUGACAACCUCGAGUUCGGCACAGUGACCUCUGCCGGUGCGGUGCUCAGUCUGCCCAAUGCCGGUGUAACCCUGGUGAUUCCCGAGGGAGCCGUCCCGGCUGGACAGGCCGAGGAAGUGUAUCUGGCCGUGGCCAGUGACGCGCGAGAGAAGCCGCAACUAAAUGAGAACCAGACACUUCUGUCUCCGGUGAUCCUGGUGGGCCCUCCGGGUACGCAGUUCCUAAAGCCUGUCGUCGUUGGCUUUCACCACUGCGCCAAUCUGAAGACGUCUUGGCUGACGUCUGUGCACGUUAGCGAGAGUCCGGCAGAUGAGACUCCUCAGUGGCAGCGAGCGGUGACUCUAGGUCAGGAGACCAUCAACACACCGAUUUACGUGCAGCUGGACCAGGCCAAAGCCUACGUUCUCACAGACUGCCUGCAGGCUCUGGCACUAGUUGGAGAACCAUGCACUGCCCCGGCAGUGAAGAACCUCCGUUUGGCAGCGUUUGGCCCCCGUGUGGUGUCAGCUACAGAGUCCUGCGUGAGGGUCUACAUCAUGGACGAUACCCGCGCGGCUCUGGAUAGCGUCUGUCAGCUGGAGCGGCGCCUGGGCGGCAGGAUGAUGGACAAGUCGAAGACGCUGCCGUACCAGAGUGGCGGCGCAGGUCUCUGUGUCACUUUGGAGGACCUCAGUUUGGGGUGGAGGUGUCGCUCUCAACCCUCGCAACAAGAGAUCCCGCUCCGACACGUGUGGAGCGGCGCGUGCUCCCUGCUGCACGCGUCGUUCAGCCUGGAGCACGUGGGUCACGCGGCGGCACGUGACAGUCUGGCGUUCUCGGGUCGGAUUCAGGUGUACCAGCGGUGCAGCCAGAUCCGACGCCAGGUUCUGCGUGUGACGUCAUCAAGCGAUGGGGAUAGUCAGGCUGGCGUACCACCUCCAGUUCGACCGUCCCCGGCGUCUUCCACAUUCUCCUCCGAGCGGCCCGUGGGCAGGUUAUCAGCCGAGACCAAGCAGCGACUGUGUCAGUGUCUGAACCCGCCGAAUCCCUACGGCAACGACUGGAGAAUGCUGGCACAGAUGAUGCAGGUCAACAGGUACGUCAACUACUUCGCCACCAAGAAGUCUCCGACGGAGCCGAUCCUGGACCUGUGGGAGGCGCGGCACCCUGAACAGUCGUCCUGUACGGAACUAAUCAACAUUCUGCGCAUUAUGGGUCGGGAGGACGCGGCGCGCAUCGUCCAGGCUCAGGCCGGCCUGCGCGUCUGACCUUGAGGAAUGUGUUCUGACUUCUGAUUGGUGGAAUUCACCGACCUUGAGGGGAGUUGCUUGAUUGGCUGGUGGAACUCACUGGCCUUGAGGGGAGUUGUUUCAUUGGUUGAUGGAGCUCACUGGCCUUGAGGAGAGCUUCCUGAUUGGCUCCCAGCAGCGUAUGAUGACCUUGAGGAAAGCUCGUUGAUUGGCCCUGGCGAGAUGAAUAAGACUGGUGGCCUUGAGCACGCGCUUCUGAUUGGCGCUGGCUGUUCAACUGCCUCGAAGGUUGACUGACUGCAGGAAUCUGCCGGAUGACUGACUGCGAGGCUCUGUUGACUGAUGUCGUAGACUCACGGACGACUGCGACGUGGAAGCCUGAAGCCUACUGCAGCUGUUUCCAUUACCAUUAAUUGAUAUUGCCAGGCUUUCGACAAAUCUGAAGCCAUU